GUACCAUCGCCGACAACUCGGUGGCGCAAUAGGAAAAAAUGUCGGGAAUAGGUAAAAGGACGUACCUUCGCGAGGUGAAUCCUUAUCUUAUUUGUCCUUUAUGCAGAGGCUACCUUAUAGAUGCGACCACCGUCGUCGAGUGCCUGCAUUCGUUUUGUAGAAGCUGUAUACUCAAGCAUCUCAACACAGAAGCACAUUGUCCCUCUUGCAAGCAUGUUCUCAACAAAGCUAAGCCGAACAUCAAAGCCGACAAGGCGUUGCAAGACAUCGUGUACAAAUUGGUCCCCGGACUGUAUCACAAAGAGAUGCGCAGGAGAAGAGAGUUUUACAAGAAACAUCCUGAACAUGCGGAUUUAGCGACACCAGAACAACGUGGAGAGGACGUGAGUGGAAGAUUAAUUUUCGCUCCAGAGGAUGCAGUUAGCUUAAGCUUGGAAUAUCUACCACCCGGAGCAGAUCCACUAGCCAUUCUGCUCAGCACCAAUGACGACACUAACCAUUCGAACGCAUUCAACAAUCAAAGUAACAACAGUAAUAACGCCAGCAAUAACAGCAAUAGCAAUAGCAUCGGUAACCAUGGCACAAAUGCAACAAGCAACAGGCGAUACCUUCAGUGCCCGGCACUUGUCACCAUCGCGCAUUUAAAAAAAUUCCUAGCUUUGAAAUACAGCGUCGACAUGACAAGAUACACCAUAGAGAUUUGCCAUCGACGUGCUCCGCUUCCUGAACACUGGACACUCAUGGAUGUCGCUUAUAUUUAUGCGUGGAAAAGGAAUGCACCAAUGCGAUUUUUCUAUCGAGUGGCGCUAGAAGAGCAAAGAUUAGAGGCUCCUCCUCACGACAGGCCAUCCACUCCAGGUUUAGGUGCCAGUUUACCUCCUGUUGACGCCACAGUCGCCACAGUCGCCACACGAGAGAAUACUAACUCGCAGAAUUCUGAGAACAACGUGGAAUCCAGGCCACAAGCGAAGAUCACGAACAACGACAAGAAGCCUGCGUUGGACAAUCAAAAUAAAGUCUCGAACGAGAAACGUCCACCAAGUGAUCAACUAUCCUCGAGUGAAACCAAGAAAGCUAAAAAGGAACAACCGUCUAGUACGGUAACAACGUCGACAACCGCGACAUUGACCACAAUUUCGAUACAGUCGACAAACGUUGCAUCAACGACGACAGCUACCAACACUGUCGCCUUGCCCACGUCGUUGAACAACGAAACUAAGCAGAUCAAGACACCUAUUAAAAUACUUAAAAAUCCAGAUGGAAGGUACGAGGUUUUAAGAAACCCUCCGGGUACUUGGAAUUCGAAGGAGCAGAGUACCAGGAGCAUCGAGACGAAACCCUCGAAUCCGGAAUUCAGUGUCGUCAGUAUAGGGAACGGUCAGAACUCGAACGGAGUGAAGAUCACGUUGAAACAAUGCACGCCGAACAAUUCCAGCCCGAACAAGCCGAAAGUUAUCAGCAACGUGUUGUUACACUGCGGUCAAGUUGACAAAGUUGACAAAGAUAGCUCUGACGCGUUGCUCGUUCAGCAGCUUCACAGAAAUAAGGAGAAGCGCCAGACAGAGAAGCAGGAGAAACACAAGAGGAGAGUGACUUUCGUGGAACAGUCGAUUCCCGAGAAAACCGUGGUCAGUAACACACAGUUGAAAAGUAUACAGAAGAAGCCAGGGGAACAACAAGAGAAGAAGCAGUUCCUUCAAGGUUUUCAGUUAACAGCUAGAGAAUCGGCAUCUGAAAUGGCUUUGGAGUCUUCCUCCAAGUUUAACGAAACGAACGCGAGCAAGGAGACGAACGACACGCAGAAUAAAAGUAACGCCACGUCGGAGAAAGAGGACAUUGUAGCGACAGAGACCCCGAAUACUCCAACAAGCGACUCCAAGAGUAAGAGCAACAGCGAGAAUAUCGGGGUAAAUGCUGCGAGUGGGAAUGCUGCUGGUACCAACAAACGGGUCGCAAGCGGAAUGGACGGAAUUGAAAACGCGCGAGUGAAUGCGAAUAAACAGUGCAGUGACGUAGAUGUGUGUACGAUUGGUUACUCGAAGAAUACGAACGUAAGUAUGAACAUCAACGUGAAUAACAGUCCUGCGAAGGUAGACGUUUACACGUUCUCUAAUGAUCCGCCGGUAGUUCCGGUGGGAGCUGUAAAGAGGAAAUGUCCACCUGGUUUACCGAUCUUCGACGUGAAGAAAAGGAAGCACCAACAGGCUUCAACGCAAAUCUCGAAGAAGCAGACACACGUUCAUGUGCCGCCUCCUGUCGUGCAAAAUCACACCAAGUCGCCUCGGAAGCUCCCAACGGAGCACGUUAUUCCAGGAAAGAGACCAUUGAACAUGGUUGGAGAGCCUGGUCCUAGUCGGACACCCACGACAUCGACACCGAGUCCGAAAUCUACGCCUGCUCCGGUGCUGUCGAACGACACGAGGAACAUACUGGACGGUUGCGGAUUGAACAUUCCUGCGAGCCUCAGUAUAACUUUGACAGCGCCGAAAUCACCCGGAAACAGCGGCGGGUACAUCGAAGCGAACGAUUCCAAAGAUAGUCGGAAGAACACGUUGGGGAAAGUAAGUCCCAGUAUAACUCUCAACGACAGGUCUGUCGAUCCACGAGUAUUGAAAGCGUUGAAGGCCGGGCAGAUAAAAAUGCCCGCGCCGACAAAACCAAAGCAGUCUAAGCAAUCGGAAUGCGAAGUGAACCAACAACACAGACAGACGAGCGCUGUCAAGCGAGAAAGGGAACAGGACUCGACGAGGGAGAUUUUGGACCUCAGUGGAGGGAAGAAGAUGGAUAUACAUCCGUUAAGAAUACCGCAACCAGUAACGAAACUGAAAGCGAAACCGACGAUGCCGAUCAGAGACAUGCCGAAUAUUUCGGAUCAGGGGCAAGUCGUAACGCUCGUUGGCGGUCACAGGUAUUAUCGCGCGCCACCGGGCUCCUUGACUCCAGCGGCUCAGCGAGUGAACGACUGUCCGCUUCCGACACCUUCGAGAACGCCAGUUUAUGCACCUGGUUUCUCCAGUUCUUUGGGUAACAGCAGGUACAGCACAAAUCUUUCAUCCGUUUUUCCCAGUCUGCAAAGCCUCUAUGCCUUGAGCCAAGCGCCGAAUCUUCAGCAGUUUCAGACAGAUGCAAGACUAAGGAUACCACGAGGGACCGAAGCGAACACCACUAUGUCUAACACCGAAAACAAUCGAAAUAUGAACGCCAGUAUGUCCGGGAAAAGUCACUUGGCUGCCCAAUGUGCGCCAGUGAAACCGGCGAGAUCAUCGAUAGCGCCUUUGGCCAUUGCGAUAACCAAGCAACAAUCGAACGAUAAAUCGGCCAGUAUGAACGCGAGAUCUGUCGCGAAUGAGAUAAAUAAAACGCCCGUGUAUCGCGGUAACGAAUCUCUCGACUCCACAGAGUCUGGCCAACAACUGUCCGUCCAAACGAAGUACUCGCCGGUCGCGGAAGCUAACAAUCGAUACUCGCCACGAGCUACUAACAACACUAACAACACUAACACAGUAGUGAACAGUGAGGAGAAAACGUCUGCCGAAGUAACUCGUGAUUCUAAUUUGGAAACGAACAACGACACGAGGAAAGAACCGGACAAUUCGUCGCGUCAAACGCCUCAUCGCGAAGCAGCCAGUCCAAGAGUAUCGUCCACAGCUUCUCCAUCGCCACCACCUGGAGAUACCAACGCGAACACCAUCAACGAGACUACCAGCGACCAUAACAACAGCACAAACACCGCCUCGAACGGAAUAGACAACGAUGUACCCGCAUCAAGUCCGACGAAGAAGAGCAACAUAAGUGCAGAAGUAUCGAGUAGCAAGUCACCUGCCAGUCCGGAUUCUAGCUCGGUGACUAUUGAAAAUCCUUCGGGCAAAAGCUGCUCUACAAUGGAGCAAGGGUGUCCUUCUCCCUCGCAAAUGUCAGACGCAGUGAAAUCUUUGGAGAAUUUGACGAAGAGUGAGACUAACGUUACAGAGGACUCGACGAACGAGAAUGAAAAGAAAGCCUCCAUUAAGCAAGCUGACGCGAAACAACUGACCUCGGAGAUGUUUCAGAAAAGAUUGCUAGCUGCGUUUCCUUCUAACGAGUGGGCAAACAAUCCUAUAGCUGCGGAGCACCUAGGCAACUUUUUGAAAAGUCUGAACGCGUCGAUCAAAUCGGAGAAUAAGAUGGACAGCGUGGGAUCGGAAAAAGCAGAGAAUCAACUCGCGUGCAACGAUGCAACGCGUUUAAAUAAGGAUGUGUCGUCAAAAUCUCAAACGGACGUCGCCGAAUCGUCAUAAACGCGCCGCAAAUGAUUGAAGGGUGAAUCGAACUCUUCCCGUUUGAACGAAGGCUAAAGCUGCAUCACUGCCAGAUCGACGAAUGUAAUGUUACUGAAUGACUUUUCAGCGUGGAUACAAAUACCAAUUUCUAAAUAAUUGAAAUGCUUUAAGGUCUUGUAGGGGAACGCGGCAUAUACAUGCCGUACAAUACAGGGAAAAAUACAGCACAGAUGCUGGAAA